UUCAAGGGGCGUGACUUUCUGCUGGUAGUUUUGUGUGUGUGUGUGUCAAUUCUGUGAGAGGUUCCUCUGUGAAAAUCUUCACCUGCGGCCGGGUUUCGAGGAAAGAAACACCUUGAAUGUUGGUCAGUGAUGGUGCUCUCCCAGGAAACCUGAAGGCUGGAAAAUGACAGGUGACCAAAACCCUUUGGAUGUGUGGAGAGAUGCCACGACCCAGGCUCUGUGUAUUCAGUCUGACACCUCCAAGGAGGGAGGGGUGACAAAGAUCCUUAAAGUCUGCUUCUGCAGCAACACCAGCAUCAACUUGGGCAAAAACUUCAAGUUAGUCAAAUGCAACCACACGACAGAAAUCCGGGAGAUUAUUAAUACAAUACUGGACAGUGGGAGAGUGGGACCCAGUAUCAUUUUUAAGAGCUGCUAUGGACUCAGACUGAAGCAUCUGAAGUCAGAUGAAAUAUAUUGGCUACACCCUGACCUUACUGUCCAUGAGGUUCUGACGAAAUAUGAGAGUCUACACCAUGAAGCUGAAUGGAGGUAUGAUCUGAGGAUUCGUUUCCUUCCUAAAGAUGUAAUGGAGAGUUUUAAACAAGACCGAACGACUCUGUUGUGUUACUAUCAACAGGUACGCAGUGACUACAUGCAGGAAGUUGCUGCUCAAGUCGAUCAGGACAUAGCCAUGAAGUUGGGCUGCCUAGAGAUCAGGAGGUUUUAUAAGGACAUGCCCCCGAAGGCGCUGGAGAAGAAAUCCAAUUUUGAGUUGUUGGAGAAAGAGGUUGGUCUCGAUUUGUUCUUCCCGAAACAGCUGCAGGACAGUAUGAAGGCCAAGCAUCUGCGUAAGCUUAUCCAGCAGAACUUCCUGCAGUUUAGCCAACUCAAGGAAGAUGAAUGCAUCUCCAAGUUUUUUGAAAUCCUUCUCACUGUUGCCAAUUUUGAGCAAGAACAUUAUAAAUGUGAACUGGGUCAAGGAUGGACAAUCACGGUGGAGCUGGUCAUUGGACGUCAUGGAAUCGGCCAAGUGAUUAAUAAGGAUGGACCCAUCACUUUGGCAGAAUUCAGCCAAAUCAAGUCGAUUAGCUUUCUCCAACCAGAGAAUGAAAAGAAGGCUUCCCUGCAGCUCGAAAUUAAAGGAGCCCCCCAGCCAUUAACAAUCACGACCUCAUCACUGGUGAUGGCUGAGAGUAUGGCGGAUUUAAUCGAUGGUUAUUGUCGUCUGGAGAAUGAAACCACAUCCUCCUUUAUAUUGAGGCCCAAGAGAGCUCAUGAUCUUCCGGAGUUGCCAACACAGUACGUAUCAAACGUUUUUCCUCUCAACAGUCUGGUGACAAACAACAACAGCAAAAAGUUGCAUUUACAUAGCACCUGUUGGCAUAGAUAAACACCCAAUGCCCUC